UCAUAUCAGAUGUAUACUGCUGUCAACCGCUAGGUGCCGGGCGUGUUGACCCGGAAGAAGCAUCAAUAAGACUUUUCGCUACCGGUCACGUAAUGGCCUGGUAAUUCUGUUACAACUAAAUCAAAUGAGGAGCUGGUGAUGGUUUUGGAGUUGAUGAUCUGAAUUCUCAGAUGCAUUUCUGAUUUACGGAAUAUUUAUUCCGGAAAGAUGCGGAUACUGUUCGUCACCACAAACCUGCAGUACCUCGCUGCCUUCUGGGCGGCGCUGACGAGCCUGACGAGCGGCAUGGUGUAUGGCUGGCCGUCGCCCAUCCUGCCACAGCUGCAGCAGCCGGGCUCCUGGCUGCCGCUGACGGCUGACGAGGCCUCCUGGAUCGUGUCGUGCGUCACCAUCUCGUCCGUGCUGCCCAUCAUAGCCAUGCCCCUCAUCGUCGACGUCGUCGGCCGCAAGCUGCUGCUCAUCGCAUCAGGGCUGCCGGCGUUCGCUUCCUGGCUCAUGGUGCUGUUUGCAGACUCGGCGGGAAUGCUGAUAGCGUCGCGAGUGGUGGCUGGUCUGAGCAUCGGCGCCAGCGUGUGCCUGGUACCGAUGUACGUGGGGGAAGUGGCGGAGGCCAAAGUGCGGGGCACGCUGGCCACCGUCUUCCAGUUCGCCAUGUGCCUGGGCUCGCUCGCCUCCUACUGCAUGGGCCCCUACAUGUCCUACUCGGCAGUGGCCAUCGUGUCGGCUGCCGUGCCAGUCCUCUUCAUGCUGGGCUUCCUCUGGAUGCCCGAGUCGCCGUACUUCCUGGCGCUGCGCGGCAGGGACGAGGAAGCCAAGAGUGCCUUGAGGCGGCUGCGAGGUGCCGUGUCUGAGGAAGCCAUCCAGGAGGAGCUCGGCAUUGUACAGAAAUACGUCGAGGAGCAGCGAGAGGCCCAGCGGUCACAGCUGGAACUAAUGGGCCAGCUGGUGCGAAGGCGUGGCAGCCGGCGGGCGCUGGUGGUGUGUGUGGUGCUGAUCCUGACACAGGUGUUCACGGGGCUUUCCGUGCUCACGGGCUACACCACUGACACCUUUCAACAAUCGGGUGUGGCACUGGAUGCAGAUGUGUGCGCCAUCAUCGUGGCAGCAGUGCAAACAGCAAGCAGUGUUGCCACGUCUCUGUUGGCGGACCGAGCUGGCCGCCGGCCACUGAUGCUACUCUCGUUUGCUGGCUGCGUCCUCACCAUGGCUACACUCAGCAUCCUCUUCUACCUCAAGGAUGUGGUGCACACAGAUCUCACUGCUGUGCAGUGGCUGCCACUCGCCGCCAUGAUUGCUUUUCCUGUGUUCAACAUCCUGGGGGUGGGCCCGCUGCCGUGGGCCAUCGUCGGUGAGGUGUUCCCCUCGGACGUGAAGGGCGUGGCCACGGCGGUCGUGUCGGUGGUGCAGGCGGUCACCUUCACACUGAUGGGCAAGCUCUUCCAGGUGAUGAGCGACGCCGCGGGCAUCUACUCUGUCUUCUUCCUCUUCACUGCCAGCGCCUUCGUCGGCCUCGUCUUCACCUUCUUCUUUCUGCCAGAGACAAAGGGCCGCACCUUCGUCGAGAUCACGCGGCACUUCGAGGGUGAAGAACAUGAAGAGUCAAAGUAGCCAUUUUUUUGGCUCUCUGGGAAAGGCUCAGAAAAGCACUCCAGUUUGUACGAGUGUGACUGUAAUUUAAUAUUUAAACUGCAAGGUAUUCUUUGCAUUAAGAAUCAACAAACAUACAAAAGUUGUUCAUUAACCUCCACAUCGAUAUAAAGUGGAAGCUUUUUAUGUCUUGUGAUUGGUUUGAUGCAACCCACCUUUACUUCCUUUCUGUACCAUCCUCUUCAUCCUUGAGUAGCACCCACCCGCAACGUCCUCAAUUAUUUGCUAGGUAUAUUCCAAUCCCUGUCUUCCCCUGCAGUUCUUGCUCUCUGUUGCUACUACAGAGCUUGGCGCAAAGGUAAGACACGGGAAUCGGGUUCGGGAUGAUGGCGGCUCAAACCCCGUUGCUUAAGGAGAAUGCCGGGAGGUUUUCUUUGAAAGAAUACAGCUAAUUUCCUUCUCCGUCCUUUUUCAUUCCGACCUUGUGCUUCGUCGUCUACAGAAUGCUACGCCCCAGUCUUCUUUCUUCUCGUAUACCGUUCCACUUAUGCAAGAAGGGUAUUCUGCAUGUCCUUUCGUUCUAUCCUUCUCCCAGUUAGUGUUUUCCAUAUAUUUCUUUUCUUGCCGAUUAUUCUCUACAGUGCCUCAUCAUUAAUAUUUAUGGAAUAUUCUGUCACUUCUUGGCGGACUACUGACGUAUUAAUAAUUUGAAUCCUCAGUAUUAAAGUUCCACAAAAAUAUUUAUUUAAUAGUUCGUUAUGAACCGGUUUUCAGGACUGUAGGCCAUCGUCAGAUAACUUAGCACUGAACAUCUGUAUAAAGAUUGUUGUACAAAUAUAUGUAACAUUGUAUGACUAUAUU